AUGGGUCGUAGCUUUUCUCUCUUCUCAUCCCUUUUUGUGGCGCAAGCCGCCUUUGGAUACAACUUUCCAUACGAAAGUAUACAGUUGACGGAAUUGGAGGUGGCAGACAAACCUGACCUUGCUUUCGGUGAAGGAACAGGUGGCAGCAUAUCUUCGUGUAAGAGCUACCCAGGCUACGACGGUUGGCCGUCAUCGAUGCAGUGGAGUGCCCUCAAUGUCAGUCUUGGUGGCACAUUACUCAAGGGCAUCCCUCCAGCUGCAGCUUGCUACCAAGGCGAAUACAAAGACGCGGCAAAGUGUGCAAAUGUUAGGCGACGGCAGUCUGAUGCUCUCUUCGUUAAAGAAGACCCACUGAUACCCUUUGGGCAAUGGGCGCUGGCAAAUCCAUGUCCAGUACCUGCAGCUAGCGCUACGCCUCCGCUCUCUGACUGCAACUUGACCAGCUUCCCUGCAUACGUAGUCAACGCCACCACUGUGAAAGACGUGCAGAUCGCUGUGAACUUUGCAAGAAAUCAUAAUAUCAGGUUGACGAUCAAGAACACUGGCCAUGACUUCCUCGGCCGAAAUACCGGCGGCGGCGCACUUCAAAUCUGGGUACAUCGCAUGAAGGCAUUCGAGUACUUACCCACCUUCAAAGUCGGUCACUAUAGCGGCCAAGCAGCCCGAGUUGGUGCAGCGUUGGAACAGCACGAGGUCUAUAGCUACAUGGGAAAGGCUGAUAUCACACUCCUAGCUCCAGGUUCCUCGACUGUUGGAGCUUAUGGUGGCUAUAUGCAAGGCGGGGGGUUUUCGUACAUUACUUCGAAGUAUGGUCUAAUGGCUGACCAAGUACUUGCUUUGGAGGUUGUUACUGCAGAUGGUAGAUUCGUGCAUGCGGAUCCAACUGAGAACGAGGACCUAUUCUUCGCUAUUCGGGGCGGUGGACCUGGGAAUUUCGGCAUCGUUACAUCUGCGAUUGUAAAGGCGUAUCCAUCCACGACAGUUGCACGAAGCGACUUCACCUUGCAAACUGGUCCAGUCUCUAACAGCGACAACGCCACCGUUCAGGUAUCCAAAGAGACCUUCUGGAAGGGCAUAGAGAUCUACUUCUCGCAUAACUUGCGUAUCAAUGAUGCUCAAGGUAUCAUGUGGAACUACAUCACCACAACUGGUGGUACCUUCACUCUUUCCAACCAAAUAACCAAGCCGGGCGUUACCGUCCAAGAAAUGAAAAAGCUCAUGGCGCCGCUUAUCAAUGAUCUUAGCGAUAUAGGCGUUCCUCUAUCCAACCCCGAACCACAAUUCUGGAACACAUAUGCAGACUUUGGCUCUGUGCCGCCAAGUGGAGGUAUACAGAACAGCCGCCUUGUGUCGCGUCUCGUCCCUCGCUCUAAUUUUGAAGACCCAAAAUCUCAACUCUUUAACAAUACCAUGGCAGCGAUUCGCUCCUUCGUUGAAGAGGGCGGUUACAGCUUCCACUCUGUCGACUACGCACCAACGCGCGAAACUGCCGGCUACCCCGGCUCCGAAUCCGCUGUAUCGCCACACUUGCGUAACGCAGUCAUGCAUAUGACAGGCUGGGAUAACAUACAAUACAACGCUGACCUCUCCGACGAUGUAUGGAGGUCGUCGCAUGCCCGUCUCGACUCGCAGUACCCUUAA